GAACUUUCGUGCUCUCUGCACUGGUGAAAUGGGAAUUGGUAGUCAGGGCAAGCCAUUGCACUUCAAGGGCUCCAUCUUCCACCGUGUGAUCAAACAGUUCAUGAUCCAGGGUGGUGACUUCACUGCAUUCAACGGCACGGGCGGAGAAUCUAUCUACGGCGAGAAAUUCCCAGACGAGAACUUUGAACUCAAGCAUGAUCGGCCUUUCCUUCUCUCGAUGGCCAACUCCGGUCCCGGCACCAACGGCAGUCAGUUUUUCAUUACGACCGUGCCCACCCCCCACCUGGACGGCAAGCACGUGGUCUUUGGUGAGGUGAUCAACGGCAAGAGCGUUGUUCGCAAGGUUGAGAACAUGUCCACCCAGGCCGACAAGCCUACCACCGACGUAACUGUCGUCGACUGUGGCGAGCUCACCGGUUCCGACUACGACAACGCAGACAAGCAAAUCCCCGACAGUACUGGCGAUCCUUACGAGGACUUCCCUGAUGACCACCAGGGCGAGGAACUGAGUGCCCCAGUUUGCUUCAAGAUCGCAUCUGAGCUUAAGAACUUCGGAAACACUGCCUUCAAGAGCGGAAACCUCGCUCUCGGUCUUGAUAAGUACCAGAAGGGUCUGCGCUACUUGAACGAGUUCCCGGAGCCGGAUGAGCAGGACCCCAAGGACUUGGACCCCCAAAUGAAGGCGCUCCGCUUCACUCUGCACUCGAACUCAUCCCUACUCGCCAACAAGCUUGGUCAAUUCAAGAACGGUCAAACCUGGGCUACUUAUGCGCUUGAAGUGGCUGCUGCUGCGAACGCCAAGGAUGCCGACAAGGCCAAGGCUCACUAUCGCCGCGCGGUCGCCUACAGCGGUCUGAAGGAGGAGGACGAGGCUCUUAAGGAUCUCCAGGAGGCUUCUCAAUUGGCUCCCGGCGAUGCUGGUAUCACCAACGAGGUUGCCCGGGUCAAGAAGGCUAUCAAGGACCGCCAGGCCAAAGAGAGGGCUACGGCUCAGAAGUUCUUCUCAUGAGAGACUGACGUCAUGAUUCAUGAUUGCAUGAUUUAAUCUUUCCUUAUCCAAAUUCCCGGCUUUGCAUAAAAAAAACCCCUUUACCACCAUUGCAUCGGCUCCACGGUGCACGAACGGAUUUCUUAUCGAAGACCUUGUUCAUCCUUGGGGGUUAGCAACGCACGGACUUUCCACUUCGCUUUGAGGUAGC